UCUCGACUCCGACGUGCUCUUGUCCUGUCUCUGUUCUCCCAGUCAUCUCUCCGGCUGCGAUCUGAAACUCCCAUUUCUGAGACCAUUUUCUAGUACUUCCGCACAUCCGCGUCUCACCCGGGCCCAAUCCUAUAAGUUAGCCGCAACAUGCCUCCCUAUUUUUUACCACUUGUCUCGCGCUCUCAUGAUGUUCUCCUCGCUUUCAAAAUUUGUUUUACUUUCUGCUUUAUCGGUCGACUUUGUUGUUGCUGCUGGCAGUAGCAUUUAUCGUCGUGCGCCUUCUCAAAACAAUGAUGUUAUCGUUCAGCUUUUCGAGUGGCCUUGGGACUCCGUGGCUGCCGAAUGCACCUCGUUCUUGGGUCCUAAUGGGUAUGGGUUUGUACAAGUCAGCCCUCCAAACGAGCACAUCACCGGCUCGCAAUGGUGGACUGACUACCAGCCCGUGUCCUACAAAAUUGUUUCCAAACGGGGAUCCAGAGCUCAGUUUAUGAAUAUGGUCGCUUCCUGCAAUGCGGCAGGAGUCAAAGUCAUAGCUGAUGUCGUCCUCAACCACAUGACCGCAGGGUCUGGUACUGGUAUCGGCGGCAGCACAUAUACCAAGUACAACUAUCCUGCGGCAGGGUAUUCGUCUUCGAACUUCCAUUACUGCAACAACGGUCGCGCUGCUGACAUUAGCAACUACAGAGACGCCUACAACGUCCAAUUCUGUGAACUUGUCGGACUGGCGGAUCUCGCACAAGAACAGCCUGCAGUUCAAAGAAUAAUGGCGGCUUACCUCAAUGAUUUGCUUUCAAUGGGCGUUUUCGGAUUUCGGAUCGACGCAGCCAAACACAUUCCUUCAUCAAAUAUUCAGUCAAUACUUAACCUGCUUUCGUACCCGUUCUAUGAUACCCAGGAGGUGAUUUAUGGCAGCGGCGAAGCCGUACAACCCUCACAAUACGUUGCUAAUGGGGAUGUCAUCGAAUUCCGUGCAACCUCGUCUGCACAGGCCGCCUUCAAUUGGAAUUCUGGCGGGAUUGCCGCUCUCGUCACCCCCACUCCUAUGGGAUCGAGCUCCCCAUGGAACUUUGUUGACUCAUCCAAGGCUACUUAUAUCAUGGCUAAUCAGGACACUGAACGUGGAGGGAGUUCGCUAACUUCUAACUCGCCUAACAACAUAUAUACCCUUUCCGCCAUCUUCAUGCUUGGCUUUAAUUAUGGGAGUCCAACGGUUUACUCUGGUUACGACUAUACUUCGUAUGAUGCUGGCGCUCCUCAGAACAGCGCAGGACUCACGAAUGCGGUCACGUGUGGCUCGAACGGUUGGCGCUGUGAGCACCGGAACAUUGCCAUCGCGAAUAUGGUCGCAUUUCACAACGCUGUUGGCUCUGCGCCGUUGACGAAAGUCACCAAAGGGACCAACAACCAGAUAGCGUUCGGUCGUGGUAAUGUUGGAUUUUUAAUCAUCAACAACGACAAUUCUGUCUGGUCUAACAGCUUGUGGGCGACUUCUCUUCCUGCUGGAAUCUAUUGCGAUAUUAUCCAUGAUACGGACGCUCGCCCUGGCACGUGCAAUGGACCAUCGUAUGUUGUUUCGGCAUCAGGGACCUUUUCUGCAUCAGUCGCUCCGAGAGACGCAUUGGCCUUGUUCUCUCUUUCAAACGCGAAUGGGACGACCUCUAGUUCGUCUUCGUCCUCCGCUUCGGUGUCUUCUUCUGCUUCUGGCAGCGUCCCCUCUUCCCCACUGAUAGCCCCGCCAAGGCCUUCUUCGAUGUCGGCUUCUUCAUCGAUACCUGCCUCAUCUUCGAUACCUGUUUCGUCUUCAGGGUCUGCUUCCUCUUCAGUGCCAGCUUCAUCUUCAGCGCCGGCUUCAUCUUCAGCAUCCGCCUCUUUGUCAGCACCCAGUUCUUCGUUGAUCCCUUCUUCGUCAGCCUCCAAUGCCGCACCAGCUUCUUCGUCAAUCCCCGCUUCUUCUUCGCCGAGUUCGAUCACCAGCAGCUCUGUGCCCGCUCCUGUUAGCACCGCAGUCACAGUAUCAUUUGUUGAAACUGCUGCAACGGCUACUGGGGAAACACUCAAAGUCGUGGGGUCGAUUUCGCAGCUUGGAAGCUGGGAUCCGGCGGCCGCCAUCCAACUCAGCCAACCCUCGGUCAACGCAGACUGGCAGCUCACCAUGGUCCUCCCUCCGAACACGUAUUUUGAAUAUAAAUUCAUAAAAGUGAGGGGAGGCGCUGUGACCUGGGAGUCGGGUAACAACAGGAUAUACACGACACCUAGCGCUGGCUCAAGUGUGACGCUCUAUGGAAUUUUUGGCUCGACAAGGAGUAGUACAAGUGCUAUCACAGCGGCGGCCACACCCCCGAGCGCGCCAUCGUCGUCUGUCAGUGCAGCGCCGACUAGCCCUCCGGUAGUCGCUUCCAGCAGCACUUCAUCAGCCGUUCCGCCUUCUUCAACUGGAGCCACCGUCACGUUUAGAGAGACGGUAACGACCGCUGCUGGAGAAGCCAUCAAGAUUGUGGGCUCUAUCCCACAACUAGGCAACUGGGCUCCUGCAUCUGCGAUUACGCUCACGUUUGACGGCUCUGCUUGGUCUGUGUCGGUCGUUUUGCCGCCCAACACGACCUUCCAGUACAAAUUCAUACGUGUCAGGGGCAACACUGUUGUCGCUUGGGAAUCAGACCCUAAUCGAUCAUACACGACUUUGAGCAGAGGCACCAGCGUAGUUGUUUCGAGUAGUUGGAGAUAA